UAUUAGUCUUGACCACUCAAUGGCCUUGAAACUAUGUUAAAUGAAAACUUUCAUUGGUUUAUGCAAUUACCUGAAGAAAUAUUGGAGAAAAUCCUAAGCUAUUUAUGGUUGAAGUUUGAUCAAAAUAGUGCACGACUUGUGUGCACAACAUGGAACCGACUGCUUUUGCAAAUCCGUGCAAGGAGAGAUCAAAUAUUCUUGAAAUCUGUCGAAAUUGGAAAUGUUUAUUGGAAGAAGUACACCAAUGCUUCUCGUAUCAAUCCUGCCCCACGUUUUUCGCACGCCUCGUGUGUUUUAAAUGAUAAACUUUGUGUGUUUGGUGGAUGUUCGUCUUCAGAUACAGUAUAUAACGACUUUUAUGUGUUUUCAUUAUCUGAACGAAAAUGGUCAAAGCUUAUCACUUCCGGCUAUACGCCACUACCCCGCGAAUGUGCGACCUUGGUUAGUUUCUGCAACAUGGAAUGCAGUUAUGUUGUUUUAUUUGGUGGCUGCUGUCAGCCACCCAGGUCACUGAUGACUGCAAACGGACGAUUCUACAAUGAUCUGCACAUUUUGAACUUUGCAGAAAAAAAAUGGUUACCGAUAAUGGAUGGUGCAUUGAGGCCCUUCGCGCGAGCUGGACAUUCGUGUUCUAUGGUGGGUGAAAACAUGGUGAUAUUCGGAGGUGCACAAGCUGAAAGGAGAUAUUCUGAUGUUUGCUUAUUCAAUAUAAAUAAGAAGAGGUGGUAUUUCCCUACUAUUACUGGAGCAGGACCUACUGAGCGUUUUGGACAUACACAGGUUACUGUGAGCGAUGAAAACAUAUUGAUAAUUGGAGGCUGUGGGUAUAGAAAUACGGAGUUUUCAGACGUUUGGCUUCUUAACGUUAACUGUUGGACGUGGCAUGAAGUUGCUGUGAAUGACAAAAUUUACGAAGCGCCACAACUGUGGUCUCAUCCUGCCGUCAUGGUCAAUACGACUGUCGUGGUUUUCUCCAGGCCCAAACGACCCACCAAGCGCAGCGCUGCCUUAUACCUUCAAACUCCUCAAACGCCAAUGCUAAUGUACUUACUGGAUUGUUGCGAGUUGGAAACUAGCCACAGCUGUCGUUGGAAGAAUGUGCUAAGCAGCCGCAAUCAAUCCAUUCCAACGACGUCCUUGCAUUCGGUAGAUGUUGGCGACAACAUGAUUCUAAUUUUUGGUGGACUUGAGGACAGGGAGACCAUCCAGACAACCCAUAAUGCCCUCAUUAUGGUGUCACCAUUUUGGUGAAUUGGAAACUUAAAUGGUUGUGAUAUUAUGGUGAUUUGGUUGGUAAUAAUAGAUUACUUCGUGGUUUGUUCGUUUGUACGAUUUUUAUGCACUAGUUGAGAAGAAUUGAAAAUCGUAUGUGCAAUCAGACGCUGGGAAUUUUAGGCAUAUGAUUUUUUUUCACAGUUUUGUUGCGCGUAAAUUUGAAUACCCGAGUGAUAAUCGUUUAUAUUGGGAUGGCGAUGAUAUAAUUGAUACAGGGAUAGCGAUGAUAUACGUAGUUCAUAUAGGGAUAGUGAUGAUGUACGUAGUUGAUGUAGGGAUAGUGAUGAUAAAUGGUGGAGCCAUAGCACAGAGUGAUAAUGGAACUGAAACUUGCAUUGGUAGGAUGGUAGGAUGGUGGAGCCAUAGCACAGAGUGAUAAUUAAACAGAAAGGUGACAGAAUUGUGCCCAGCUUCCUCAUGGCAGCCAUUAUUCCAGCAAGAUACUUAAGCUUUUUCACUUGUUUCUAACCACUGCAAUAACAUGACGUCUUUCGUCUUAAGGAAAUCGACAACAUUUCAACUUUAGAAAUGGUUGAUCAUUUUAGUGGUUGGGAAUAUAUAAAACCCUAAAUAUAUUGCAGGAAUAAUGGCAGCCGAUAUGCGUAGCACAGCAUGCGUGAGGGCAAAACAUCAAAGGCUCCGACACGAGUGACCUUCUGCAUAUUCCAUAUUCUGUGACGAUUGAAAAUUUUAAUCACAAUAAUAGUCCUCCAUUUUCUUUUUGCUCUAGUUUCACUUCCAUUUUUAAUUUUUCUCUUAUAUUUUGACGUCCGUUUCUACUUCUUUUUCUUUUUCUCUGCUUUUUUUCUAUUAUGAAAAAUAAUGUAUGCUCGAUGUGUUUUAAAAUACUCCCAAAAUAGGUAUUGUCAAGGUGUUUGGUUGGAAUCCAAUCAAAGACGAAAAACAUUUCAUCUGAAACACCUGUUUCAUUUGCUUUGUCUCAACGACGAUGCCUUUGAUCUUUAUGAUGUGAUAAAUUCACAGUAACAAAUACAAUUAGCUACAAACCUCAAAAGUAUGAGCUAAAUCUCUUAAAUGAUUUCAUCCAUUAUUUAUGUUGGUAGAAUUGUAUUUCUUUGUACAUCCUUGAGUAACGACUCAAUCUAUAUUUCUGUUAAAAUUUUUAAGUUUUCUGAGAGUAGUUACAAAAUGCUUUGAUUGCUGAAAAACGUGUUGUUAAAAUUCCCCCUUCGAAGUAGUUUAUUUGAAAUAUCAAAUAUAUGUUGCAAGUUUUGCAUGAAGUGUAUUGGUUCAUCAAAAUGACCACAUAAAACUAAAUUCCCUCAAAGUAAACUGCGAUAGGCAUUCUAUAAAAAAUUCUACGUAAGAUUCAAGAACCAAAACACUUUAAGUACGUAUGACACUAAGCGUUUUGUUGUUAUAGAAUCUAUAAUAUAGAUAGAAAAUCUCCUUUAGUCACAUAUUAGAAUUCUUCCUUUCUCGUUUUAGCAAUUAGUUUGCUUGUUUAUUUUUGAAACCAUUAAAGUUUCUGUAUCAUGUAAA